AUGCAGUUUGAGGCCAACCAGAAUGGGCUCUCCCAAUCGCUAUACUGGGUCUUUCCGCUUGCUGUCAUCGCUUAUUGUAGUGCUGGGUACAUCACGACAAGCCUUUUGCAACCAGAGGGCACUGCGUACCCAGUUGUAGCAAGCUAUGGAAGAUUCGUGCCAAGGUUUAUCCACAACUUGGUUUAUCUACUAAGAGCCACACAGAACUCGGAGUAUGGCUACACAAAGUUCAGGGGCAAAGCUUUCCAAUUACUUCGGAAUGAGGGAACGGUUCUUCUUCUCCCUCUGUCGCUUCUUGAAGAGCUAUCGAAACUUCCUGAGGACGUCGCCAGCCCGACAUUGGCCCUAGAGCGUGAUCUGGUGGGUGACUUUACAGGGCUGAACUUAAUCGUCGAAAACAGACUUCAUCACACCAUCGUACUUGCAGGAGAGGUUAUUGUAGGCCCCAGCUUUUGCACUAACCAAGUCUGGCUGGACAUCUCUUUCAAGUACACCGAGAAUUUAUUCGUAACUAUUGCCAUCCUGCGCUUAUUCCCACAGUGGAUGCACCCUAUCAUUUACAACCUCGAUGACAUAAAUAUCUUGCACUGGCUCUGUGGUGUGGCGAAAGGAAAUGACCGCAGACCCAAUACCAUCUCCCACGUACUGGUGCUGGUUGCGCUGGCAUCCGUACACACUACACUGUUUAGAAUGGUCAAUGUACUAUACGAUGUCACUGCGGCGGGACAAGGACUCCGCGAGGAGAUAAUUGCAGAGAUUGCGUCAACAGCGGCAGAGAAAUGGACCGGCGUACCUUACGAUAAGCUAUAUCGUUUGGACAGUGUGAUGCGUGAAUCGCAACGGCUAUCCCCACCUACAACAUUAGGAAUGAAACGGUUUUUUAAGAAAUCAUACACAUUUAGGGAUGGCACUUUCAUCCCUGCUGGCACGUAUGCCUGUAUGCCCACCUACGCUAUUGAGACCGAUGCCAAAUAUACGCCUAAUCCUGACCGAUUCGACGGCCUACGACACUUUCGUAUAUUAGAUCAGCGACAACAGGCCGGCGACCCAGAUGCAGCCAAAGAGCUACUCUUCUCAACGCCGGCGAAAACCAACCUAAGUUUCGGGUUUGGAAAAGCCGCCUGCCCCAGACGCCUUUUUGCGAGUUGCGUUGUUAAGAUAGUACUUGUGAAACUCCUAACUGACUACGAGUUUAGCUUUUUGCCCGGGACGGAGCGGCCGAGGGACUUCAAGGUUUAUGAAUUUCUAUUUGUUGCGCCUAGGCAAACGAUGUUAGUUAGACGAAAGAAAGAGGGAACUUGUCCGUUCUAG